UCUGACCGUCUCCUCUCGUUCGCUCGGCAGGCGUCAGGCUGCAGAAACCCGGAGGGAUGGAGCCAGCGGGCGCGUACGGCGCCGGGAAGGCCGGAACCCUCGCCUUCGAUCCGGUUGCCUUCUUCACGCAUCCCCGGACCAUCCUCAGACUGCUGUCGUGGGUUUUCUCCAUAGUGGUGUUCAGCUGCAUCGUGAAUGAGGGCUACAUCAACAUCGGCAGUGAGCGUUUGCUCUGCAUCUUCAACAACAACGCUGACGCCUGUAACUUUGGUGUGACUAUUGGCGUGGCCUGUUUCCUCGGAAGUAUCUGUUUCAUGAUCCUGGACGUUUACUUUCCCACCAUCAGCAGCGUCAGGGACAGAAGACGCGCCGUCCUGCUGGACCUCGUCUUCUCUGGCCUUGCCAGCUUCCUGUGGUUCGUUGGCUUCUGUUUUCUGGCCAAUCAGUGGCAGGCGACCUCUCAAGACGAGCUGCCAUUGGCCCAGGGCUCCGACGCUGCCAGAGCCACCAUCGCUUUCUGCUUCUUCUCCAUCCUCACCUGGGCUGUACUGACGCUGAGCGCACUGCGACGCUUCUUAACCGGCAGCAACACAAACUUGUUCACAUGGCAACACCUGGAGCCCGCCCCCAGCAACGCUCGAGCUACACCGUACCCCAUUGCCAACGGUGCUACCAUAGUAACCACCAACCCCUAUCAAGCCCCACCCUUCACUGAAACCCUGGACCCCCAGAAACUCACACAGCAGAGACCCAUGGCUCCGGCCUUCUAGAGACAGACAGAUGGACAGACAGAAUGAAAGAAAGAGGAGGUGUGAGUUGUACAACACCGCACGGACAACUUCCUGCCUUGCUGUCUAGUGGCUUUCCAUCCUCUCCUGGGACUGGCGAGAUUCUGGGUCGUGUGAUGUAUGAUCUAUUUUCACCAUGGCAACUGCUGGCUCAGCUUAGUUAGUUGUAACUCUCUGUGUCAAGAAUACUGUCUUAUGUCCCUGCACACACACAGGUAUCGACGCACGCAAAUACAGCUGUACUCACUCACACCUGGAAACAGAUAUACAUGUACACCUGGAAACACAUGUAUAUACACCUGGAAGGACGGACACACACACACACACACACACACAC